AUGUUAGAAGGUAAAAAAGUAUAUCACGUAUUCUUGCAGGAUGGAAAUCCUCCCCUGGAUCCCAGUGAACAUUUUAUGGCAGAAGAAGAAAAACUUACAGACCAAGAAAGAUCCAAAAGAUUUGAAAAAGCCUAUACGCAUACUCUGUAUUAUCUGGCACAAGUCUACCAACACCUGGAGAUGAUUGAGAAGGCUGCUCAGUAUUGCCAUACUACUCUUAAACGACAGCUUGAGUAUUGUGGCUACCACCCAGUAGAAUGGGCACUCAAUGCUGCUACUUUGUCACAGUACUAUCUCUCUAAGCAAUGUUUUAUGGAGUCCCGACACUGUUUAGCAGCAGCCAGUGUCAUCUUUAGCCAAGCUGGACAGGUGCCAUCUGCUGAAGACAAUGAAACGGAGCAAGACCAACAGGACCUUCGACAGAGAAAAGCUGAAAUUGCGAGGUGCUGGAUUAAGUAUUGCCUGAAUCUUCUGCAAAGUGCUCAGAAAUUACUUGAGGAUAAUAUAGGAGAGCUGGAUCCAGACAGGCAAUUGGAACUUAAAGCCCAAAGGAAAAAAGAAGAGGAUGAAAAAGAGAAAGGCAGAAAAAAAGCUGUCCUUUUUGGGAUGAGUGAUAUAUGUGACUCUGUCUUAGCCAUGGAAGAGAAAGUGAGCAGUGUAUAUCCUUUAGAUUUUCAAGAAGCCAGAGAAAUCUUCCUAGUUGGUCAGAACUAUGUUCAGGAAGCAAAAGAGUUCUUUCAGGUUGAUGGUUAUGUUACUGACCAUAUUGAAAUUGUUCAGGAUCACAGUGCUUUGUUUAAGGUACUUGCUUUCUUUGAAGAAGACUAUGAGAGGCGCUGCAAAAUGCACAAGCGUAGAAUAGACAUGCUGGAGCCUAUAUGCUCAGAAUUGAAUCCACAGUACUAUCUACUGAUCAGUAGGCAGCUUCAGUUUGAACUAGCUGACACCUAUUAUAAGAUGAUGGAUUUAAAGGUAGCUAUUGGUAACAGGCUAGAGGAGCUAGACUCCCACACAAUUAAAAAAAUUAAUUCUCUGGCUCAGUUUGCAAUCAAAUAUUAUGAACUCUUCUUAGAUUCUUUGAGAAACCCAGAUAAGGUGUUUCCUGAAGUGCUCAAGGAAGAUGUUCUUCGUCCUGCUAUGGUGGCUAAAUUUCAUAUUGCACGACUAUAUGGUAAGCUUAUUACUUCAGAUAGCAAAAAGCAACUGGAAAAUAUGCAGACAUCAUUGGAAUAUUACACAUUUCUGGUAGACUAUUGUGAGAAGUACCCAGAUGCUGUCCGUGCCAUUGAAACUGAACUAGAACUCAGUAAGGAGAUGGUGGGUCUUCUUCCAACAAAAAUGGAGAGACUAAGAGCAAAACUGUGUCCAUUUAUAUAAAUACUUGCCUUGAAGGAAAUAUGCACUAUUAAAAUAAUAUCUGUACAAACCAGUGCUGUGGGACAAGUUCUGUACUGAUAGAACCAAGAUGCCUACAGUUUGGGAGUCCAUCUAGAGCCUGCAGUAGUAUAACUUUGUGUAAAAACUCAGAUUUCUCCUGUUCACCCACACUAAUGGUAUAAACUUUAAAUGUAAAGUGAAUGUCCAGCUAAUGCUUUGUGUUGUUUGUCCUGUAUGUAAAUAUAAACCUUUUCUCCCUAAGAUUUUUUUCCUUCAGCAUAUGGUUUGGUUUCUAGGUUUAGUACUGUAUGAAGAUUCUUUCUUUUAAGAGAAUGCUUCUCCAGCAAAAUUUUUUCUAAGAAACCUGAGGCACGUUCUUCCAGCUAGAAUGUUUUAUGUCUUCUAACAUUUGUCCCCAGAAAACUUUAUCCAAAAGAAGGGAACUUUGUUAUUUUCAAUAUUUCUUUUCGUAUGUUACUCAGUGUUUUCUUUUUUUCCCCGUGUUAAUCAAAAUCUAGUUGAUAGAAGCUCAAUAAAUGGACUACUUGGCUAAA